AGAACCGGUUAUGUCUGAUAAGCGAGCCACACUUCAAUUGCAGGAGUUAUAUAGCGUUAAAGACGCAAUAUGCGUAGUUACAGGUGGUGCUAGUGGGUUAGGACUCACGAUAUCGCAAACACUCGUGCAGAACUUAGCUAAAAAGCUCUAUAUUACAUCCAGGAAUGUUAACCAGCUUAAAGAAGCACAGAAAUAUCUCCAGAGUUUGAACAACAACUGCGUCGUUGAAUGUAUCCCUUCAAAUCUAUCCACAAAGUCUGGAGUUGAUACUGUAGUCGAUUACGUCAAAGCUAGAGAAAACCAAUUGGAUAUCCUAGUGAAUAACUCGGGUGUUACAUGGGGAGCAAAGCUCGAGGAUUUCCCAGAACAAGCUGGAUUCGAUAACGUCAUGGCACUCAACGUUAAAGCGUCAUUCUACAUGAUUGCAGGUUUGGCUAGUCUUCUAGCGGAGGGAAAGACAAAUACAGCACCAGCACACGUCGUGAAUAUCUCAUCAAUCGCUGGAUUGGCGACAACUGCUCAAAAUGGAGGCUUAACAGGUGGUGGAGUUGGUGUGUGGUCAUAUAAUGCUAGCAAAGCGGCACUUAAUUCACUCACGAAGACGCUCGCACAGACUCUUAGUAGGAGAAAUAUAAUGGUGAAUGCUAUUCUUCCUGGUGUCUUUGAGACACGUAUGACACGCUAUGGACUUGACAAGUAUAAGGACAAAAUCCUGUCUUCACAACCUACUGGUAGGUAUGGAGAAGGUCCAGACCUUGCUGCUACUUUACUCUUCCUCGUAAGCAAAGGUAGUGCGCACGUCACUGGAAAUCUCAUUGUUCUCGAUGGUGGUUCUACCCUCUAAGAUAUAUUGUAUUAACUUCAAUCAAAUGGCAUGUAUGUUACUUCACGUCACUUCCUUCUUUUUGUUGACCGAUGUUUAUCUGGCGACACCGACCAGCUCAGCUUUUGAGUAUACUCCGGUUGGUUUCUGCUCCCAUUGAUGCUUCGUUGAUGUCUUUUCGUUUGUAACUGGUGCUGGAACCUCCGUUGGUCCUUUCUUUGAGUUUAAGUUGCUAAGGUAUAAUGUCCAGAGAACACCACAUGAGGCUGUGAAAGGUACUCUGAAGGCUAAAGGACAAAAGCGGAAGUUGAAAAGCUGAAUCAAUGGCCAGACUUUCCAGUUAGCAAGUAUAGCAGGGACGAAUAAAUCGCUGUACUUGUUUUUCAAGUCUCUUGAAGUUUUUCCUUCCAAGAUACCGAUGAUUCCAAUGAAAGCCGUUAAACCUGAUGGUGCCAUUACAGCUUGGUCUACUCCAACCCUUGUGAAGAGCAUUCUGAGGCUUAUUGGUGAAUUCGGCAAUGCGCCCGCACGUCUAAGAGGAAAAGCACGCUCUAAAAACUUAUUCCAAUAGUUAAGUGGUGUUCCCAUAGCUGCACCGAAUAUGAAAAAGUUGACUGUUCGUCUUUUGUUCCAUAGUUUUUCAGAAUUUUCAUCCAAUUCAGGAUUAAUAGACUGGGCUAUACUAUCUGCUAAUGCAGAGAGUGUACCGUUUGUGAGUGAUAAUGUGAUAUUAGGUCUACGAUUGAAGGAUGAUUGAUAAGCUUUCGCGAAUGCUGCCAUUUUUAUAUCAACUUGGUUGUACUCC